AUGUCUCCUCUAAAUUUAACAACUCCCCGAAUAAAAAAUAUUUUAAUAUGUAAUAAAGUAAGAAACCGAUCAAAAAAAAAAGGAACCGAUCAAAAAUUACGAACAAUUGCCGACAUACCUAUGUCUAAACCAUCAACUAACACGUUUUGCAACAAGUUUGAAUAUGAAAUAUGUGGAAAAAUCUAUAAAAGGCAUUCUGGUUUAGCUAAUCAUAAAAUAACAAUUAAAGAUGCUAAUGUUAUGAAGCCAACCGCGUACGAUUUACCUGAAAAAGCUAUUGAAGAAAAGAGACGAAUUUUGGUUUAUCAUAUAAAGGAGAGACUGAAACAAAGUUCAAAACAUGCUAGGAGUGUGCGAAUUAUGAUUAGUUGUACAGAAAGUCAAUUUUUUGGUGUUUUUAAAGGAUAUAUACAUAAUUAUUAUCCAAAAACAGGAAAUUAUAAGUGUAUUUUUAAAGGUAUUAAUUAUUAUUCUACAUUAUCAAAAGUAUUGGGAGACGAUAAUUGGGGUGUCAAAUAUUUUUUGCAACACCAAAAGACAUUUGUUUUAUCAUAUCAACAACCAUCAAAUCCAAAUGAUCCAGAUCCUCUUCUGGAAUUAAAUUUAUGUCAAGAACCCGAUCCUCUUCAAAAACAAAAUCAAGUAAAAAUAUAUAAAGCUAAAAAAAGCCGAAUCUGCAAACUUAAACCCAUACAAAUCAUUAUUGGCUGGAAAAGAAAAGAAAAAUCAGAUGUACGAAAUAUUGUAUAUUCAUCAGGAUUUAUCUUUAUAAACUUUACAAUUUCACGUAUGAGAGAUAUAGAAAACUUAUAUUAA